GGACGUCACUUACAUAUAACAGUAUUGGAUUGCAUGUGUCUUGCAAAAAAAAAAAAAAAAAACUAUAGUCGCGCAAGUAUUUCUUUUCGGCAUAUUGUGUUCAGUUAAGGGUCUCUUUAAACCUGGGUAAUUUUGUUGAACGAGACUAAGUGAUAAGGACCAGCCUGACAAUGAUUGAAGUGGUUUGCAACGACCGCCUGGGCAAGAAAGUGCGGGUGAAGUGCAACUCAGAGGAUACCAUUGGAGAUCUGAAGAAGCUGAUAGCUGCCCAGACUGGCACCAGGUGGGACAAGAUUGUACUGAAGAAAUGGUACACAAUAUUCAAGGACCAUGUGUCUCUGGGAGAUUAUGAAAUCCACGAUGGAAUGAACCUGGAGCUAUACUACCAGUAGAAGAGGCUAAACAAGCAAAGCUCAUGUCUCCCAUGACUGCUGAAACAAAUUGUCCUAGAAGACUUUUUUUUUAUUUGUCAUUUUGUUUUGAUAUAAUCUGAUAAUAAAAUGGGUAUUUAUGUAAAGUCUGUGUUGAAUGUUUGCUGGUUAAUGCUCAUUUCAUUUGCAGUGCUAUUAUUUCCUUGCUGUGUGUGGUUUUCUAAAUAAAUUGUGACAAUGCAUUGAAAAAAACUGCCCUGUGAUCCUAGGCAUACUGAUGACCUGUCACAAGUGAGGAAACAUCAAGUCAACACAAGAGGAAUAUAAGAACCCCAGAUUCACUUGUGUUGUGUACAGUGUGAAGUCAGGUAUCGCUGCAGAGGCAUGGUUUGUGCUGAGCAUGUAUGCAUGCUUGGACAUGUUUGUAUUGUUGACAUUGUGAUAAUCUGAGAAAUAGGGGUCAUUUAUUGGCAGCCGGGUGUUCAAAGAAAUACCAGUUCUAUUGAGUACAUUCAGAAAGUUUACAGAGUUCUCAGGAAAGACAGCUUGUUGACCUCUGUCAGAACAUAGUCCUGGGUGAUGUUCCAGUCCAGCAGCUGCAGGCUGACAGCCUUCCUGUGAGAGGGAAUCUGCUCUAAUGUUGCUAAGAUGUAGUUUUUUGGCAGUGAUGCAUUUUGUCAGUUUUUUUUUUUAUUAAAACAUACAGUUAGUAACCUUUGUUUUACCCCACUGCUAACUGGGUACAGAAUAUAACUGGAGAGAGGCAGGACUGCAGAUGGCUGAGGCAUCCUGAGUGGAUGACAGAGCUGAGACAGUACAUCUGUAGAUGACACAAGAGCUUGAGAAAGGUGGGCUAUAACAGGUUGUGAGGCUGGAGAUCUUCAAGCCUGGACUAAGGAGUGGAGGUCUGCGUAGGACUGGACACAGUGAGGAGUUGAAGGUCUGUCCAGGCAUGGACAUUGUGAGGGGUGGAGGCCUGCACAGGCAUGGACUCAGUGAGGGAUUGGAGGUCUGCCCAGGCAUGGACUAAAUGAGGGUUUGGAGGUCUGUGGGCUUGGACUAAGUGAGGGUUUGGCGGUCUGUCUGGGCCUGGACUCAGUGAGGGUUUGGAGGUCUGUCUGGGCUUGGACUCAGUGAGGGAUUGGAGGUCUGCGUAGGCGUGGACUCAGUGAGGGAUUGGAGGUCUGCCCAGGCAUGGACUAAAUGAGGGUUUAGAGGUCUGUGGGCUUGGACUAAGUGAGGGUUGGAGGUCUGUAGGCUUGGACUAAGUGAGGGUUUGGAGGUCUGUCUGGACUUGGACUCAGUGAGGGUUUGGAGGUCUGCGCAGACAUAGACACAAGAACAUGUUCCCUCUGCUGUGGGGAAUUUUCUCAGGUUUUUGGUGGCAGCCCAUGGCUGCUUUUGCUAGCAGUAGUCAGAAUAGUCCUCCUCUACAUAAUUAGCAGGAAACAGUCCAAUCUAAGAAAGAAAAAGAUGCAAAGUUCCAUGAAAGUCCAUCCAUCUAUCUGCUUACUGCUUACCCUGUUACACUGGUAAAGGUCAUGGGGAUCAGCACAUAUGUAUUUAUUCACCAACAGCUAGCAUGCACAUUACUACAGCUCUCAGUUAAAGUCUACUCCAGCAAUUUAAAAGACUGGUUCUAGCACUUUUUUCAGUUUUUUAGUUUUUUGACAUUUUACUUGGAAGUGAUAUUUGUUAUAUCUCCAAUGUUGCUUGAACUGCAUCACUUCAGAUAAAUGACACUACUCUUGCUACCAGCCCUUUAAUCCUGAACUGGAAUUGACUAUUUUAAUUUAUUUGGAAAUAUUGUUAGUUUACCUACCUUGCUGCACUUUAUUAAACAAUAAAAUGUUUGCAUUCUGGG